CCCAGGGCACAGAGCGUUCGGCAGAGCUAGCUCCUCCAGCGGGGCGCCCUUGAACUCGUGGGGGUGGAAGGGGCGGCCCCACGCCGCCUCCGCCGCAGGUCUGGAGCGCGCGUCCCCGCCGCACCGCAGCGCCGGGAGCGCCUGGCUGGCCAGACAGCUGAAGGCGGCGGCUGCGCUCACGCACCUUACAGGAGCUGGUAACCGCGGGCGGCGCGGGACUCUGGGGCCUUGAGGCUCUGGCUCCCACGGACGGUCGGGCUUGCUGAGGUAGAAAUGUCUGCCCAGAGGUUAAUUGCUAACAGGACAUCCCAGCAAUCUGCGUCUAAUUCUGAUUAUACAUGGGAAUAUGAGUAUUAUGAGAUUGGACCAGUUUCCUUUGAAGGACUGAAGGCUCACAAAUAUUCCAUUGUGAUUGGAUUUUGGGUUGGUCUUGCAGUCUUCGUGAUUUUUAUGUUUUUUGUGCUGACUCUGCUGACCAAGACAGGAGCCCCACACCAAGACAAUGCAGAGUCUUCAGAGAAGAGAUUCAGAAUGAAUAGCUUUGUGUCAGACUUUGGAAAGCCCCUGGAGCCAGAUAAGGUGUUUUCUCGACAGGGCAAUGAGGAAUCCAAGUCCUUCUUUCACUGCUACAUCAAUGAAGUGGACCACUUGGAGAAGGCCAAAGCUUGUCUCCAGACCACGGCCCUCAACAGUGAAGUUCAUCUCCAGGAAGCCAUCAGAUGCAGUGGGCGGCCAGAGGAGGAGUUGAACAGGCUCAUGAAAUUCGAUAUCCCCAAUUUCGUCAACACGGACCAGAACUCCUUUGGAGAAGAUGAUCUCCUGGUUUCUGAAACACCUACUGUUCUAGAAAAUAAGCCAGUGGUCCAAACGUCACACAAAGAGUUGGACUGAGAAGCAUAUUUUAUCAGGUGUUUUCCUGAAAAUGUUGGGUUUGUCACUGAAUAGCCAGAAAUCUCUAUUCAUCGAGAUUGUGUGUGUGUUUGUGUAUGAGAGAGAGGGGGGCAGAAAGACAGAGAAGAGAACUCCCUGGGAAGAAAGAUGGUGAAGCUCAGUUUUCAUGCCUUUAAACAUAUUUGGAGCUUUGGGGGGAACCAAAUAUUUACACUCUCUCAUCUUCCUUGUUGAAAAACUUGGUCACAUAUUCUGCAUCAGCAUUCGUGAAUGGGGCUUGAUGUGUCGCGUUUCCUGUCUGGUCCUGCCACUACCAUGCUCUGCCUUUAGCAAGUUACUUUGAUUCUCUGGGCUGCCACCUUUUUAUCUGUAAGGUGAGGAGUCUGGAGGAGGUGAUCCAAUAAUUUGUGGACUUUUGACUUUGUAUUCACAUGAGGCUGGAAAUACCCAAAAUUAUAUAAACUAGAGUCUGCCCCCUGGUUCUUGUUAUAACAUUCCCCCAGGUCUGUACCUCCCACUCAACCCUUAAUUGAAUCCAACUUAUGUCAGGAGCUUGAACAUCUCCCAGGAUAUCAGGAGACCUGAUAUGGUCACUGUGGCCAAAUUUAUAGUGCUUUGCUAAAACAACUCAAACCUGGAGACAGCCCCCACACCCCAUGCCCCAAGAUGAGUACCUUAUAUGACAAUCCCAUCCCCCAAAUGUAUGGAAGGUUGUCAGCUGAGUAAAGGGAAGUGCCUUCUGGGUCCCUGUGUUAGUGUGACUGUGACUGGUCACACUGCUGUGUCAUUGGCUAGUGAACAAGAAGAGUGCUAUUUGCCAGGCUGUCUGUUUUCUUGGCAGAUGUGUGGGUGAUGGUUGUGUGGCUAGUGUGUAGCCUUUGAGUUGGGUUGGUGAAUGGGUUAUAAACACCCUAUCAACAGACAUUCCAGGUGGCUUGGUGCAACUCAAGAGUUAAUUUCAUGAAGGAAUUAAAUCUGCACACUGUUUUGGAAAUGACUUUGUUUUGCACAGUCAUGUUGCAUGCAUGGCCAGCUACUAAUCUCUGGGAGGCAUUUUCAUAUGGACUUUUGUUUACCACCUGUCUUGCUUAAACUAAAAAAUAAAUACAUUCAUUGCACCAUAA